CGCAUUAUAAAAGCUUCAAAGCAGCUCAUUGGCAUCUCAUUUCACCUCCACUCUCAGUAUGCUGCACGUCAACGGUAUCCUCCUGUGUAAGAUAUUCAUCACUUACUACCAUACCUGCCACGCCAUUGGCACGCUGCAAUCGUUACCAAACAUCAACAGCCUGCAUUUUUUACCCCCAAAUGGUUUGGAAAAUUUAACUGCACUCACUUAUCAGCCACCGUUAGUUUAUGCAACACCACGCCAACUCUUCGGCGGUGCUGGUUUUGGUUUUGGCGCAGGCGCUGGUGCAGGCACAGGCUGCAAUUGUCCACCUGGACCGCCCGGUUUGCCUGGUUCGAACGGUCAGCCUGGGCCGGAUGGUGAUCCGGGUGAGAAAGGUCCACCUGGUGAUGCUGGUGAUGUGGGUACUAUCGGCAGACCGGGUGAACGUGGCAAUGAUGGUCGCAAUGGCGCACGUGGCCCCAUCGGUGAGAAUGGUCGGCGUGGCCCGCGUGGUUUUACUGGUCCAGCUGGGCCGCGCGGCCCACGUGGUACACCCGGUGUGCCGGGUCCGCGUGGUUUGCCCGGCGUGAAUGCGGUGGCAGCAUCGGCUAGAGCGAAUUAUAAUUUUGAGGAUUUCGCCUAUGAUCUGCCCGAAUAUGAUGUUAGUUGAGCUGUGUUGUGAAGGUGACAAAUUUUAAAUAAAUGUUUUUGGUGUUUUGU